UGGCAUCGAUAACUAUGGGUCGUCUUAAAAAGAACAUAUUUAUAUGCCGUGCCAAUGCAGAGCGAGCAAGAAAACGCAAAAAACCUAGUGAUAGUAAUAAAGAUGUAUCGAAAAGUAAUGAUGAUAUAUUAGACAAUAAUAAUGACAUGCCUAUAAACAAUAAUAAUGAGUAUGAUCUAGAAAAGGAGGAAGUCGCAAAAGAACUCAAAAUAGCUACUAUAGGAUCUCAUAAAAUAUCACAAUUUUUUAAUCAAGUGGAUGGUCAAGAGAAUAACAAGAUGGAUAAUCAGAAAGAUAAUAGGGCAGAUAGUCAAAAGGAUAGUAAGGAGGAUAGUAAGACAAAUAACCAGGAAGACGAUCAGCAGUUAGAUUAUGAAAGUGAAAGUAAUCUUACCGAAGGAUCAUUACAAUGGAAACAAAGACUUCAGGAAACAACUCAAAGAGUACAAUGUAUAAUUGAUAAAGCAAAGAUAUUAAAAUCUGAUAAGGUAAAAUACACUUCUGUUAUCUAUUAUAUACAACUUCUUCAGCAUAAUAUGCCUAAAAUCGAAGCAAGUAGAAUAGUGGCAAAGAUUUAUAAUGGUGGUGAGUAUUGUGCUAAAUGUAUAUGA